AUGUCGACCUCGAAGAACAUCAUCCCUUUCUCCGAGCCGCCCUGGCUCGCGGGCCUGCCCUCGCCCUACUACCAGGAGACGCACAAGAAGUUCCAGAAGGCGUGUCGGGCGUUCCUGGAGGAGCACCUGCUGCCCUUCGCCAUGGAGUGGGAGCGCGAGGAGACAGUGCCCGACCACCUGUUUGAGACGUUCCGCAAGCACAACAUGCUGAUCCCCAACCUGCCUGCGCCCCUGCCCGUCGAGUGGCUGCACCGCGUCGGCAUCUACGACAUCCUGGGCACCCCGAUUGAAGAGUGGGACUACCUGCACACGGGCAUCUACCUGGACGAGAUGGGCCGCGCUGGUGUCGGCGGUCCCGGCGCCUCGAUGACGGCGGGGGAUGCCUUUUGGAUCCCGGCCAUCAUCAAGUUCGGCAGCAGGGCCCUGCACGAGAAGUUCCUCCUCGAUCUGCUCCCGGGCAAGAAACGAGCCUGUAUAGCCAUCACCGAGCCUGGCGCCGGAAGUGACGUGGCCAACAUCGCGACCACGGCCAAGAAGAGCGCGGACGGAAAGCAUUACAUUAUCAACGGACAGAAGAAAUGGAUCACGAACGCCUUCUGGUCCGACUACGCCGCCAUGGCCGUCCGCACCGGUGGUCCCGGCGCCUCGGGCCUGAGCAUGAUCGUGUGCCCGCUGAAAGGCUACCCGGGUGUGACGAUGCGCCGACUCAAGGUGGCCGGCCAGAUCAGUGCCGGCACCACUUUCAUCGAGCUGGACGACGUCAAGGUUCCCGUGGAAAACCUCAUCGGCGAGGAGGGCCUGGGCAUGCGCUACGUCAUGACCAACUUCAACCACGAGCGGCUGACCAUCGCGGUGGGCGUGACGAGACAAUCGCGCGUGGCGCUGGCGGCGGCGUUUGAGUACGUCAUGAAGCGCGAGGCCUUUGGCAAGGCACUGAUCGAACAGCCGGUCGUGCGGCACCGGCUAGCCAAGGCGGGCGCCGAGCUGGAGACGAUGCAGGCGUGGGUCGAGCAGUUCCUGUACCAGAUGACGAAGCUCAGCAAGGCCGAGGCCGACGCGAAGCUCGGCGGGCUGACGGCGCUGGCCAAGGCCAAGGCCGGCAUGGUCUUCAACGAGUGCGCGCAGACGGCGGUGCUGCUGUUCGGCGGCAACGGCUACACGCGCACGGGCCAGGGCGAGAUCGCCGAGCGCAUCUACCGCGAGGUGCCCGGUGCCCGGAUCCCGGGCGGCAGCGAGGAUGUCAUGCUGGACCUGGCCAUCCGCCAGCUGGUCAAGAACUACCGGAACGCGACGCAGGCCUUGGAGCGGCCGAGCGGCAGCAGUAAGCUGUAG